AUGUCUUGCAGCGAUGGAAGCACCUGCUGCUGCGCCGCCGUCGACACGAGCACUGGAAUCGCCGACUGCUCAUUGGUGACAGCUGUUGCCGAAAGAGCCUUCGAAAGAUGCGCCGACGUCACCUCCGUCACCUUUGGGGCGAACCUCGAGAGCAUCGGAAACUCCGCCUUCUCAAACUCGGGCCUCCUCGGCGACCUCGACCUGAGCAGCACCAGCCUCGCCACCAUCGCGAUGGCGGCCUUCGCCCAGUGCCAAGGCCUGACUUCCGUCACCUUCGGGUCGAGCAUCGAGAGCAUCGAGAGCAUCGGAGGCUCCGCCUUCUACGACACGGGGCUCAGCGGCACCCUCGACCUGAUCACCGCAACCAGCCUCAACACCAUCGGCAAUGAAGCCUUCAGAGGCACCGACAUCACUUCGGUCAUCUUUGCGUGCGGCGCGAACGUCGCUAUUGGCACCGACGCCUUGGGGCCCGCCACGCGCGUCGAUGCCUCCUCCGAGGAGUGCUAUCCGGGCAUCCCCGGUGGGCUGGCUUGCCCGCCCGGGCACUUCCUCGGCUUUGGCAAGAAGGGCGGGUGCCGGACCACGACGUGCGAGACUGGCCAGUACACCGCCCUCCGGGGCAUCACCACGUUUGACGCGUGCGCGGAAAGGCCCUUGACCACUGUUGCUGCACGCGGGCUUGAGUAUGCCGACCCCCACUCGCGGAGCUGCGUCUCAUCUAACAUUGCCGAGGCUUUCUCCGCCUUCGAGGAGACCAUGAUUCGCCACGCGAAGGACGGAGCGGGCUGCAGCAUCACCACCUGUACCGCUGCUCUCGGCGAGGCAGCAUACGGCGGCCGCUGCUCCGGCGACCGCUGCUCCAUUCCCAGCGCCGUGUCUCCGCCUCUCCCCAUCAACGUCGGCGCGAUUAACGGCUGCUCCGGCUGCAUCGAUUGGCAACACCAACCUGUGGUCAGCUACAACUACCAACCAACCUCUGAAAUGGUGCCACAACUGGCGACGGACGCUUGCGUCCUAGGACCUAGCCGCUACACGUAG